UUAAUAGAGUAGUAUUAGUAAUAUUAUGGAGAGUAAAUGUUGUAGAGAAACACAUGUGAUGACUCUUGACUGUUAGAGAUCAGUGUUGUGGGACGCUGAGGAGGUGAGGCGGCGUCAUGUCAUCCAGCGACUUUUACAUUCGUUAUUAUGUCGGCCACAAGGGAAAAUUUGGCCACGAGUUCCUUGAGUUUGAAUUUAGACCGGAUGGGAAGCUUCGAUAUGCAAACAAUUCAAAUUACAAGAAUGAUGUCAUGAUUCGUAAAGAGGCUUACUGCCAUCGGUGUGUGAUGGAAGAGCUAAAAAGAAUUAUUGAUGAUUCUGAAAUAAUGCAAGAAGAUGAUGCUCUUUGGCCUCAACCAGACCGUGUAGGUCGACAAGAGCUAGAGAUCGUCAUUGGUGAUGAACAUAUUUCCUUUACAACCUCCAAGAUUGGCUCAUUGGUGGAUGUUAAUAAUUCAAAGGACCCGGAUGGUCUUAGAUGCUUCUACUACCUUGUACAAGACCUCAAGUGUCUUGUGUUCUCCUUGAUUGGUCUUCACUUCAAGAUCAAACCAAUUUAAGUUGUCCCAUUUAUUUUAACAUACAUUUAAAUCAUAGGAUUAGGAUGUUAGCUUCAGUGACCAUCUUUAGCUGAUUGAAAAGAACCAUCAGCCUACAACUAUCUUUUUGCUGUAUGUUUGAUACUUAAGAUAACUUUUGUAUAAAAAUCCCUUUAGUUUACCAUUUUUAUUAACACAAAAAUCUUUAGAUAUAAGAUUAGAAUUUUUUUUAAAUUUUUUAUUGAUGUAACAAACAUUUGAGACUGCAUCACUUUGUAAGGUUUUUGGUAAUACAUCAGUGUAAUGUAAAUUAAUAAAUAUUUAAUGAAGAAAA